AUAUAAACCGUGUAAUACUUGGGACUGAAAAAUGUGACGGUUAAAGAAGAAGAAGAAGAGAAAAGAUAUGAAAGGAUUCAAUUUCGAUGGAAACUAAAAACUUGAUUUAUUUUCUUCCGGGGCCGAUAUUCAUGUUGAUUGGGUUAGUAAUAAACAUGGUCAGUUUCAGCACCGCUCAUUGGUCGAAGGAUAAGGUGUGCAAUGUAGGCCUGUGGAAAAUGUGUCUGGGCCUCAGUCCUUUGGACACCGAUAGGAACUGUUUCCACUUCAGCGGGCGCAGUCAUUUGCCGUUAAUGACGUUUGCCUGUAGCUCUCUGUUCACCGUGGGGUUAUCCUUACUUAUCCUUGCCGUGGCCUGGUCCAUUCUCUCGCUCUUCCAGAGCAAAAAGAAAGCACGUCUCUGGACCCAGAAAGCGGGGACCCUGUGUUUGAUAUCUGUUGUGUUCAAUCUGUUCGCACUUUGCCUGUACGCAGGAUCGUUUGACUCGAUAUCGUACGAUAUGAUUCCAAAGUGGUCCGCCUUGUACGACAUGGAGCUAUCGUGGUCUUUCACCAUUGGUUGCGUCGGGACAUGUCUUUCAUUGAUUGGGUCAACAACAUCCAUUUACAUGGCUCUGAAAUAUGGAACCAAUUUACACCUUACGACAAACGUUUCCCGUGUUCCUUCGUUGCAUAUUCAUCCUCCGCCAAGUAGUCGGUUAUCUUCGCCACCGAGGUUCGCAUCACCUCGGGUUUCUUCGCCACUUCCGUUCAGCACCAAAAAAUAUUCAUCUCAAGGGACUUACCCAAAACGGAAUAUAACACCUGUGCAUAUUUCAUGAAUUUGUGAAUAAAUGUUUUUGUUAUAAAUCAAAAAUUAAU